AUGGCAGCACCCAGGGAGCUGGUCAGGGGGCUACGGUCAGUGGAUCUGGAUGGCCUGGCUGUGCUGACCUAUGCCAGAUUUACCGGUGCCCCACUCAAGGUGCGCAAGGUCAUCAACUCCUGGUGGAGCCCUUCAGGAACUCUGCCUGCCCUUCUGACUCAUCAGGGAGAGGCCAUCUUGAGACCACACAAGGUCACCACUCCCCUUGGAAAAGAGAAGCACAACGCCAGAGUAGACACCAAGAACUACGGGGACGUGCCCCGGAAGUGGUAUGCAGCGGCCAUGCCCUUUCCCCUCAACUUCUUCCUUCGGGCUGCAGGCAGUGGCAGUUACCCGUGGCUGCGGCUGCUGCGGGGGGAGCUCAGGCUUGAGAACGGGGAAGAGCUGGAGCAGGAGCUGGAGCAAGAGACGCGGGGACGCCCGACCCUGCUGUCUCAGCACCUAGGCUCUCAGACAUUCUUUUUUGGAGAUGCCUCCACCACCCUGGACACCUUGGUCUUUGGCUUCUACCUGCUGCUGCAGGCAAAGCUGCCCAGUGGGAAGGCGCAGGCUCACCUUCGACUGCGCGACCUCUGUGCCUACUGCACCCACAUCCUCAACCUCUGCUUCCCCUGGGAUGGAGCUGGGGUGCCACCUCCAUGCCAGACAGUGACUGAGGAGGAACCACAGCCGCGGGUGCUGGCGGGACCGGCAGCCAUGAUGGUCUACGCCUCGCUCGGUAGCGUUGUUUCUAUCCCAACGCCUGCUCCGACCCCAGGCACGCAGUCCCUGGGCACAAUUGAGGACGAUGAAGAGGAAUAA